AUAUUUAAUAUAGUGUGACAUAUUUCUUAAAAUAUAUAUAUUAACUGUCGUUACAAUACAGUAGUUGCUAUAAAAAAUAUAUUUUUUAAUUUAUAAUUAUUAAAUAUAAAAAUAUAUAAUAAAAAUUAUAAAUUUAUUUCAUUUUGGUUAGUUUGAUAAUGAUGUAAGUUAAAUUUAAUAUUCCGUAUAUAUACUUCUUUUAAAAAAAUUAUUAUAUAAAUAAAACUGUAUAUAAAAAAAAAAAAAAAGAGAAAGAAACAGUGUACUAAGAAAUUUUAUCUUGAAUAAAUUGAAGAAGACCCAUCUUAACUAACAAGGUCCGUAUAACCAGGCCCAAUUACACCUGUUAACUUUUCAAAUUACUUUUGGAAGAAAUUCAAACUUUGUCUUAGUUAAUUUUUGAAUCUGAGAAACUUCGCGCGUUUAUAAAUAGCCAUAGACAGCAGCAGCAGUAGCAGUGUUGCUUGCUUCAUAUAAUAAACUUGAUUCAAACAAAAUUUGCAGCGAAAGAAAGAGAUAAUGGGGAAGCGAUUAAGAAAAGUGAGGUCUAUUUGCAGUUGCAAAUCUCCUCGUCAAAGCUAUCGUGCCUCUCCUUGCUCUUCUCUCAGCUGUUAUGAUAAUGAUGUAUGGACGGAGAUAGCGAAGUUUCUGGAUGGGAAAUCUCUGGUGAAGCUGGCAGCAACAAGCCGGUGGUUCCACAGCGUCAUUAUGCAUGACAGCGUAUGGAAGUUUGCUUGCUUGCGCGAUCUUCAGAUUCCGGAUCCUGGCCACGCCGCAUUCAAGUGGACCAAGCUAUAUGCUUCAGUAGUUGAUGGCAGUCACUCUUAUACAUUUCGUGAGAAUGAGAAGCAUCUUGAUUGGAUGAGAAUUGGUGCAUUUUACUUCGACUCAGAUGUAGCACUUCUCACUGAGAGACUCAGCUUGCUAGUAAAAAACAGACAACGAGAUGCUACAGAGAAGCUGUUGGAAUCCUGUGGGGCUUCCGUGCUAAGUAACAUCAAAAAGGGAAUUUGGAUAUCAGAUCUGCAGCUUGUUCGAUGCCCUGUUUGUGAACUAGAAAAAUGUGAUGGCACAAUGCAGACACUAGAUGCAAGGCAUAUUGAGCUGUUCCAGCAUGAGGGUUUUCAAAAUGGGAGCUGGGAGUAUGAGUUGAUCGGAUCCCAUAAAAUUGAAAAGCCUAUGGAUGCAGCAUCUGGAGGCAUUUUUGAUCUAAAACACCUCAAUGACCGUGCAACAGCUGGUAUCUUCAAUCUCAAGUUGUGGACGGGAGAACCCGAUGAUUUUCAGCCAAAGGCUAUGAUCACCUUCCAUUCAGUAGCAAUCAACACCAAUUUACAAGUUAACGAAGUUCAAUAUGAUGAAGGGUUCUCAAAUGAACUUAUGGAUGAUCUUCAGCUUACAUGGUAUUCUCCUGCUUGUGAAGAAUGUGAACAAGAAGGUGGCAUGUGUGGAUUCAAGACAAACAAUAGUGAAGAUGUUGGUUGUUUCUACUCCUCCAAAACAGGCCAAUCAACCGGUGCCCUCCAGAUACUGAGAGUGAUUUGUUUGUCCGUUGCAGUACCCUCCAUCAUACUUGCUGGCGGGAUCGUUGCUGUAGCAUUAUUAAUUGAUAGGGUUCCUCGACGCAAUAGGCGUACAACCAAUCAAAACUCCGCCACAGUGGCUGUGUCACCACUGCCUAACAUUGCAAUGGUGGGUUUGGACGAGAGCACCAUUGAAUCCUAUGAGAAGGUAGUGCUGGGGGAAAGCAUGCGGUUACCAGCAGGGCGCAAUGAUAGCACCUGUGCCAUAUGCUUAGCAGAGUAUCGUAGCAAGGAGACGCUUAGAUGUAUACCAGAAUGCAAACAUUGUUUCCAUGUCGAGUGCAUUGAUGAGUGGCUAAAGAUGAACAGUUCUUGCCCAGUUUGCCGAAACUCGCCAUCCCCUCUUCAUGACAGAUCGCAGAACGUUUAAUAUAAACUCUCUUUUCUUUUGUAUUGGUUGAUUGCUUAAAUACAUGUUCAAAAGAAGUAAUUAGCUUUUAUAAUUAGGUGCUCACUGUUCUAUGGUACGAUGCUGUAAAAUUUCGUUGGACGAAAGAAGGGUAAGUUUCCUGGGUUUGUUUAGUA